GGCUUGAUCAUUUGCUCCCCGCGGCACCCGCUGCUGGCUCGGGUGCUGGGAGAGGCCAUGGUGACUCGGCAAUCCGAGCUUGCAAGCAAGGCGAAAGGCAAGGGGUACCUUACUUUCUGCAGGCAGUUUUACCAGACGCUCAAGAAGGGUGCCCAGCUGAACAAGUUAGAGCCUGGCUGGGUCGACGCCGGCCCGUAUGGCUGGGUGUACCUUCUGAAGGAGGACAAGCUGGUCACCGACAAAGCCCUCCAAGUGAUGCAGUUGACCAAGCCAAUUCCAGACACGGACGGCCCUUUCGUUUCGCUGCCAUUUGACGGCCACAUAAUCCACAGCGGGAACAAGCAUCCCGCGCAGACGGAGCAUUGGCUGCUGGCUACGCGAUGUUGGGGUUGGAACCAAGGUUGGAAGGAGGAUCGCACGCGGGCCGACACGGCUUUUCAUCAGGCAGCCAAAGGUCACCGCGCGCAGGCCAGCGCCGCGCAGGUGGUCGCUUGCAGACCUGUAGACGGAGACCUGGCGGUUGAGAUGCAGGUGUUGCGCCUUAGUGAGGCCGGCCGG